UGGACAAUCAGCAGGGAAUCAGGCGCUCGUGUUGUGUUACCGGAUGGCAGGCAGUCAUUGUGAAACCCUCAAAGUGAGCGGUUUUAUUUUUUCAUCGGGCUGAUUAAACGACUUCCUGUAUUUCGCAGCGGUCAUCGGUUUCUACUAGACAUUUGGGAGCUACAGCGCUGGCCUGAUCCGUGGACCCGAUGACUGCACCGGCUCAAACCAUCAUCCGUAAUAGUCUAACCCGGAGCUGAUUGCUCACUUACCUCCUAUUUUACGCUCAACGAUGAACCCCGGGCUUCUGAUAUAUCUGCAGAUAUUAACGUCUUUUUAUGUGCUCGGAGACUCAGGAUUUGCACAACUUGAUGGCGCACCACCAUCCAAAAUCGCGGUAGUCGGGGCUGGAAUUGGAGGUACUGCGACAGCUCAUUUCUUAAGGCAGCAUUUUGGGCCCGAAGUACGCAUUGAUAUAUUUGAAAAGGGAACUGUCGGUGGUCGGUUGGCAACAGUCACAGUUAACCACCACGACUAUGAGUCGGGUGGAUCCAUCAUCCAUUCUCUCAAUCUGCACAUGCAAGACUUCGUCAAACAACUUGGGCUGAAGUACAGGAAGAAUGUGGCUGGGAAAACAGCUGUGUUCAAUGGCCAAGAGUUCAUCCUGGAGGAGACGGACUGGUACCUCCUUGACCUCUUCCGCCUGUGGUGGCGCUAUGGCAUCAGCUUCAUACGCUUGCAGAUGUGGGUGGAGGAGAUCAUGGAGAAGUUCAUGAGGAUCUAUAAAUAUCAGGCCCAUGGCUAUGCCUUCAGCUCGGUGGAGGAGCUGCUGAGCUCUCUGGGAGGCUCAGGGUUCCACAAUAUGACCCAGCGACCUCUGUCAGAGUCUCUACUGGAGCUCGGUGUGUCUCAGCGCUUCAUUGAUGAAGUCAUUGCCCCCAUCAUGAGGGUCAACUAUGGGCAAAACGUUAGCAUCCCUGCAUUUGUAGGUGCGGUAUCUCUUGCAGGGGCUCAGGCCAACCUUUGGGCAGUGGAAGGGGGGAAUAAGCUGGUCUGCUCUGGGCUGUUAAAGCUGGCCAAAGCAAACCUCAUCCAAGCACAGGUCAAUGCCAUAUCCCCUCAGGCUGCAGGUGAGUCGUCUCAGUACCGCCUCAGUUACUCCACCCAGAUGGAGAAUCAGACAGAACUGUAUGACAUCGUUGUGGUGGCCACCCCCCUCCAACCCAACGUGGGCUCUGGCAUCUCCUUCGAGGGUUUUGAUUCUCCGCCUCCCACCGUUGCGGGAGCCUACCACCACACCAUUGCCACCAUCGUCCAUGGCUACCUAAACUGCUCCUACUUUGGCUACCCGGACCCCAAGCUGUUCCCUUUCGCCGGCAUCCUGACCACGGAGGCUCCCGACCUGUUCUUCAACAGCGUGGCCAACGUCUGUCCAGUGAACAUCACCACUGGCUUCCGCCGCAAGCCUCCGCAUGAGGCCGCCGUCUACAAGGUGUUCUCCCAAGAGCCCUUGGGUAAAAAGGAGUUGAAGACCCUGUUUAAGUCGUACUACUCAGUGCAGGUAACGGACUGGCAGGCUUACCCGCACUACUGGAGCACCCAGGAACUCCCACCGGUCAUCUUACAUGAUGGACUCUACUACCUCAAUGGUAUUGAGUGGGCAGGUAGUGCCAUGGAGAUGAGUUCUGUGGCGGCAAAGAACAUCGCCCUGCUUGCGUACCACCGUUGGACACGCCAGGUCGAGAUGAUUGACCAGAAGGACUUGAUGCAUAAAAUCAAGACUGAGCUGUAAUGACCAGUGUCUAGUGUACAGAGAAAAGGUUUUUGCAUAGCUACUGGUAAUGGGCUAAAAGACAGAGAGAGAGAGAGAGAGUGUGUGUGUGUGUGUGUGUGUGUGUGUGUGUGUGUGUGUGUGUGUGUGUGUGUGUGUGUGUGUGUGUGUGUGUGUGUGUGUGUGUGUGUGUGUGUGUGUGUGUGUGUGUGUGUGUGUGUGUGUGUGUGUGUGUGUGUGUGUGUGUGUGUGUGUGUGUGUGUGUGUGUGUGCGUGCAGUUAUCAGAAAUGUGAAUGACGGCAUCUCAAUAAGACAGACAACAACAAUGGUAUUUCAGAGUUAAUGUUCCUUUGACAAGAUUAUUCAAUCUAAAAAGUAAUGGGUGUCAAACAGGCAUUUGACAACCUUUGGUUUUACAAGUACAUAUGUAUUACAAAUAUCAGACACUGGGCUGGCAUGCCACUCUGCCAUUUCAGUAAAUCAAUAUUCGGUUCACCACUGUAUGUUAAAUUAUUUAUUUAAAUGUAUUUAUUGACUCUGAACACUGUAUAAACAUUUCUGAAGAUGCCUCA